AUGAGAAACCCUACGAAAAAAGACAACGUUGGAACCAAGACGACGCCGUGUUGCAGCAAAGUAGGGUUGAAAAGAGGGCCAUGGACGCCGGAAGAAGACGAGUUAUUAUCUAAUUACAUCAACAAAGAAGGCGAAGGACGGUGGCGGACUUUACCUAAACGGGCUGGUCUUCUCCGAUGCGGAAAAAGCUGUCGUCUCCGAUGGAUGAAUUAUCUCCGACCUUCUGUUAAACGUGGCCAGAUUGCUCCCGAUGAAGAAGAUCUCAUCCUCCGCCUUCACCGCCUUUUAGGGAAUCGGUGGUCACUAAUAGCUGGAAGAAUACCAGGGCGUACAGAUAACGAAAUAAAGAACUACUGGAAUACUCACCUGAGUAAGAAAUUGAUAAGUCAAGGGAUCGAUCCUCAAACGCACAAGCCUUUAAACCCUCAACAACUCUCACCAUCACCACCAUCACUCAAACCUUCACCUUCUUCAUCAUCAUCCAUGGCGAAACCAAACAAUCCUCCUUCCCCUCUUCCUGUUCAUGUCGUCAACGCUAACAAGCAAAAUGAUUAUUACGAUGGGAGCAAUGAAGACCAUCAAGGGAUGAUCAUGAACAAUGACCAUUAUCAGCAACAACAAGAUCAUGAUGAUGAUGUGUUCUCUUCUUUUCUGAAUUCAUUGAUAAAUGAAGAUGAUGAUGCAUUGGUUUCGAAUUUGGGACUCUCACAAGGAUGGGAAUCUACUCCCUUCGAUCAACCAAAAUGACCCAAUAGAGGGUUUGAUGAUGAAUGUUAUUUAUAUAGUUUUUUUUCAAAGUGUGUUGAUUGUAUGUUUAAAUCAUGUUGUUGCCAAACUUAAUUCAUCAAACCUGAUGGUUCUUUUUAUGUUUGUUGUGUUUGAAAGAAACAUAUGAAUGUAUUGUUUCAAACAAAGAUAUAUAUAUAUAUAUAUAUGGAACACUACUUUGAUAUAUAAA